AUGAACGCCCCGGACAGCGUUGCCGUCAUGGCGGCCUGCUUUUGUGAACUCGGCCCGAUCGCAGUGAUGCAGGCAGCCGGUCAAGUGACGCCGGCUGGUGACGGCGCCUCUGCGGACAAACUGGAAAGACGCGAUGGAUUCGAGCUGUUCAUUCUCGGUGAUGGCGAGAAGAAGAUCACCGAGACGCCGUUCACCGGAAUGGCCAACACAUCGGAUUUCCUAAUGUUGAAAGAGGACCAUACAUUGGGAAACCUCCUGGCCGAGCACUUGAAGAUGCAUCCCAAGAUUCUGAUGGCUGGAUACAAGGUGGCCCACCCUAAUGUGGCCGAGGUUCUGCUCCGUGUCCAGACGGACGGUACGGUGACACCCAAGGAAGUGUUGGUGGAGGUGUGCAAACAGCUGGUGGCAACGCUGGGACAUUUGAGUCGGGAGUUUACGCGCGAGUAUGAGUUGCGGCGUAUGGCGACGGCUGGCGAGCAGCAGCAACAGCAGCAGGGCGGUUUCUAG